AUGGCCUCAACAGCCCCCCCUCGCCUCUACUUCGCCUACGGCUCCAACCUCUCCCCAACCCAAAUGUCCCUCCGCUGCCCCGCCUCCACGCCCCUCGGCCUAGCCCACCUCCCAGACCACACCUUCAUCAUAAACACCCGCCGCUACGCCAACGUCGUCCCCAAUGGCCCCGUCAACCCCGCGGACCCCGCCGCCGCCGCCACAACCACGAAUCCGGUCUCGUGCCCGGCCUCAGCUCUCGCCGCCCCCGCUCCAUCCUCGCCCCCAUCCCCGGCCACGGCUCAAGGCGUCUACGGCGUCCUCUACGCCCUCCCACCCCAAGACGAAGCCACCCUCGACAGAUGCGAAGGCGUGCCCCACGCCUACCAAAAACAACAUCUCACCGUCAGCAUCGUGAAUCUCACCUCUGACGGCACCGCCAUCAACCUCAUCGCGGGCAGCAACGUGCCGGCACUAGUGUACGUCGACACCGCGAGGACCGAACCCUCGACGACGCCGUGGGCCGAGUACAUUGACCGGAUGAACCGCGGCGUCGACGAGGCGACGGAGAGGUUUAGGUUGCCGCGGGGGUAUGUUGAUGAGGCCAUCCGGGGUUAUAUCCCGGCUGCUGCUUCCGAGAACGAAAAAGACGAGGCUGGUGUGCGGGAAGGGAAGAAGACCAUCAAGGACCCGUUUCUUGAAAUUUCUUGA